AUGUUACAUAUUUUCAGCUCUGACAGUACGUUUAACAGCCCUCCAUUUCACAAUCCCCGAUGCUGCCCCUCGAUCUCGGUUUUCUUCAGUGUGGCAAGGAAAUUUGAGCCCACCCAGAAGUUCAGGUUCAAAAAUAAUGUCAACAAACGUGUGGAUAAAGUGCUGAGGAUAGAGUGUAAAAAAGCGGCCAGGGCGUGCGGGAAGCCUGUCAACGACUUUAUAACAUUGGCGUCCAAGAGUGUCGUGUCUCACUUCGGUGGUCGACUGAUCGAACAACAUCCGUCUCCCUCAAGCACCGACAACGACAAGCCCGUUGAGGCCAUCAGGGAAAUCUGGUCUAAUAUUAAUCAGCCCCACGUCGUAGCGACCUUGCCUGGAUACAACGCGCGACGGACCAUCCUUGGUGCGAUCGCCUCCAUCGAUGUGAAAUACUCGACCGCGUGCGAGUUCGUCGGAGGUUCUCUGAGCCGGGCUACAUUCAACGAGGCAAAGGCACGGAGAGAGACGGCUCUCGCAGCCGGCGACAUGUCGAAAUUGUCAGGGAAGAGAAAGGAGAGGUCGGACAAUUUGCAGGAAAAGUACCCAAUGGCAUGUAGCCGGGUGGAGCAGAGCAUAGCCGAGCGCACCCAGCCUUCUCCGAACCUAACGAAGACGAACCAUGACUACCGCCGGCGUGGGGAUCAUAUUCGGUCUGACGCGGACAACUCUUUGGUCUGCGUCCAUCGGGAGAAAGAAGUGCGAAACUCACCCGGUUUUGAAGCCGGAGCAGCUGAAGUGGGGUCUAUUAGCCGAAGGUCUUUCGACAAGAUGGUCCCCUUCUACGUGGUGGAGCAAUCCCUACGAUCCUGCCUCUGCGUCCACUACUACAGGGCCAAACUCAUCACGGUUGCCCUGUGCCAACUGUGGUCAACCCUACACCAUGGCGAUACGUCGGAUUCAGGCUGCACGUGCACCUGCGGGUUUUGCUCUGAUGGAGCAUGUCGAACCUUCCUGCCGUUCGCCACGGCGAAGUCGGUGCACGGCAUGGGGGACCUGAGCGACCUGCUCCUGUGCGAAAAGGGCAUUGCCCGACAUGCCAGCGCAGGCAAGCGGCAUUCUUCGGUUGUCCUCGUCAUCACGGCAGUUAGUUCCGAUCGACGUUUCCCUGCUUCUUCCGCUGCCUUGGGCGCCAUCGCUAGCACCAGCGAAGGACAGGCAGGAAAGCCAACCGACGACGAUGACGGCGACUGGGCACCAAGAGUGGCGUCGGAUUCAUCUAGGCCGAAAAAGUUGACGAUUUCACCAAAGAAUUCAGAGAAAUAUUCCGGCGAUACACUUCUCACCGGCGGCAGUACCACACCCAACGGAGCGCAUUCUGUUUUCGUCUUCGACUUCCAGGAGCAGCUUAAGCUUAUGGAGCAGGACGAAGUACAAUCGCAGCACUGGCAGCACGAACGUGUAACGAUAUUCCCCUGCCCUAUUCACUGUAAGUGGAAGGGACGUGACAACGCGUGGGUGCAGCAUGUCAUGUUUAAGAUUAUGACGGAGCAUGUCCCCGCCUUGAUGCGGAAACUAGGCGCUCCCGCCAUGGUCCGAGCGAUUUUUUUUACAGAUAACUGCGCGAAGCAGUUCAAGUGUAGGUUUCAUUUCGGCUGGCUCGCUUCCCACGAGGUGAUGAUUCGCGAUAACAACGGCGGGUCUACCAACGUGCCAGUGCAUGUCGAGCAUCACUACUUUGGGAGCUGCCACGGGAAUAGCGGUUCUGAUAGCGAGGGGGCGAACACCAAAAGCACCACAAGGCAAAACAUCAUCAACCAGACAUGGGUAGUCCAGGGCCCCAGACACCUCUCUACCCUGCUGGGCGAAUCGAUGGACUUCAUUCUUGAGGAGCCGACCGAAGAAGAAGAGAUGAUCUUUGAAGCUUCCAGGACAAGCAGCAGAGGUGGAGAUCAGUUGCUGGUGACCAAGACUUGUAUCAUAGGGACAGAAGAAGGCGUGGGGGGGCGAAAGCAGAUGCAAGGAGAGGAAGACUUUUCUGGCCACGAAGAGCCGAACACGCUCCUAGGCAGAAAGUACAUCUUCCAAGCCGCAGGCGACAUUCCGCCUGCAGUUCGUUCCGCCUCUCGCUCCGAAUCGAAGGCGAUCAAGGUCGAGGGAUGCCAAGUCAUCAGCAAAAUCGUAGCCACCGAAACACCAGGCGUCGUGGCUACCUACACCCUGUCCUGCUUAAAAGGAGAAACGGAGAAGUGCAACCUGUUCCGCGAAGGCAUCAUGGAGGCACCAGCAGAGUGGUCCCGGCGACGAAGCAACGACGACGAGGAGACCACAAAAGAGAGGGAGAUGGAACUCAUGUUCACUCGAAUGAGGAACCCUCUACCAUAUGGAUCAGUCGCCCUGAUGCGUGUUCGCCCAGAAGAGUACCGAGGCCUGGACAUAGUGCCAAUUUUCAUCGGUCGCAAGGCUCCGUCUGACUACAAUAGUAGCUUUGCGAAGGAUGGCAUGUUUUCGGAAGGCGAUGUUAUGGUGUGGAUUCACGACGUCUUCAGCCACGUACGGGGCGUAGAGUACGACGUGCCAAAUGUUCUUCCAGUCGACGAAAACAGAGCGGUCCCGCUAGCCUCUCUAGCAGGGCUCGGCCAGGGAUUAGAGGGGUACAUGGAGGAAGUGUCCAGAGCCUCAAGGACAACAUGGUUCUGCAUGAAGGCGAAGGGCAAGAGGGCGUCGGUGCCGAAGGGGCCGGGAGCGCGGGCGUCGAAGCCACUGGGGUUUGUUCACCUGGGCCUGUGUGGACCGUUGGCGCCUUCCCUGGGCGGCAACCUCUACCUGUUCGUCGCGCUCGACAGCGUCUCGCGGUGGAACAAGGUCUACGGUCUCCGGCGGAAGUCCGACGCGCUGGCGGCUACGAAACGGCUGCUGGCGGACGUGGGGCGGUACGACCUCGGCCGCAUCGAGUGCUUCCAGAUCGAUAACGGCACCGAGUGGACCCGGGGCGAGUUUCGGCGUUUCUGCGAUGACAACGGCAUCGGCGUCGAGUUCAUCCCGCCUGGCGUCCCGCACGCUGGCCGUGUGCUCAACGUCGACUACGCCUCCAUCACCGGCCUCGACCCGAGCGGUGACCGUCUUUGGUUGGAAUCUGCGAAGUGGGCCGCCGACGCUCUCAACCAGUCGGCGGCCAAGGCCAACCCCGGGCGUCCCGUGGACCUGGGGGCUGGAGGAGCGGGCUUACCACUUGCAUGUGCCACGCUCCUCGCCAACCGGGAAGACAUCGAUGCCAUGCUGCACGACCAGCGCCCGCCGGAGCAACGCCCUGAUUUCCCGCACUACCAGGCGAGCGACCUUCGCAUCCCCAAGAGGCUACAACGAGGCUAUGGCGUCGGAGUACCGGCACCUCUGGGGCGACUCGAUGAAAAGGGAGUUUUUCGGAACGCGAUAAACGCGGAGUGGGUAUUCAAUUGGAAGGCAGAUGAGUUUGGAUGGGCCACUAAGGUCAAGGCGAGACUUGUAGCGAGAGGUGAUAUGCAGAGAGAGUACAUUGACUUUGGAGAGUUGUACGCGCCUACCGUUUCUGUUUCGUGUGUCAGGAUGUUGGCAGCGUCGGCGUGCGAGUUGAACCUCGACUUGUGUCAUUUCGAUGUUGAGCAAGCUUUUGUGCGUUCGGAGUUGGAAGAAGACGUAAACAUGCGAUUGCCGCAGGGAUGUGGAGCUCUAUCUGGAAUGAUUGUAAUACUAGGCAAGAGUCUGUAUGGCUUGAGACAGUCACCUAGGCAGUGGCAUGCAAUGCUGAAGAGGUGUUUGGUUGCGUUGGGAUUUGAGCAGUGCAUGGCCGAUGCUUGUGUGUUUCGAUUGAUUGAAGGGGGGUGUGUGGUUUUGAUUUUGGUAGUACAUGUAGAUGACAUUUUUGCUGUGGGAGAGAGGGAGAGAUGUGACAAGUUUGGCGCCGACCUUAACAAGUCCGUGCCGGUGAAGAACCUGGGAGAGUUGAGAUGGUAUUCUGGGUGCUUGUACGAGAGAAGCAAGGAGACUGGUAGGCUGACGAUUUCUCAGCAGACUUUUGCGGAUGAGCUAGCAGCAGAAUAUGGAGUACCAGGGGGUAAGAGCGUUCCCAUGUCUUCGGGGGUCAAGCUUUCUGAUUUUGAUGCGGAUGAAGAGGCGACAGACUUUCCGUUUCGUGAGCUAGUGCACUGGGAUGAAGCGAUGGCUAUAUUAGGGUAUGCGAAGAGGACGAGUUACAUGGGUGUUUCAUUUCAGAGAGGUACGGUAGAAGGAUUCAGCUUGCAGGGGUACGCUGAUGCGGACUUUGCGAGCAAGGCAGCAGACCGUAGGUCGGUAUCAGGGGGGAUAGUAACAUGCGGAGGAGGCGUUGUGUCUUGGUUUUCCAGAACGCAGAAAUGCGUUACGCUUUCGACAACAGAAGCAGAGUAUGUCGCGCUUGGCGAUGUAGUGAAGGAGAUUUUGUUUUUGAGGCAGGUUUGGCGAUUUAUGUUGCCGAAGGUCAGCAUGCCGUGCAUCCCAGUCUUUGAGGACAACCAGGGGGCGAUUCAACUAGCGCAGAACCCCAUCUCGAACUCGAACUCGAAGCACAUUGAUGUAAGGCACCAUUUCCUCAGGGAACUGGUAGAGAGGAAGGAGGUUUCGGUGAUCCACGUGCCGUCUCCGUACCAGCGUGCAGACUUUCUUACGAAGAGUUUGCCCAAGGAUGCGUUCGAGUCUCACCUUGAUUUUGUGAUGAAUUUGGCAUGAGUUUUUAUUACUUUUCUGAUGAGUUUGGUUUGGCUUUCGAUUUGAUUGUUUUGCUUCCCGCGCUAAGUUUAUAUCACGCGCGAUGCAGCGGUAUUCAUGUUUCUUGGACUUGGUUUUCGUUUCUUAUAUUUUGGAAGUAAUCUUGAUAGCAUAUAUUCAGGAAAAGACGUCUUUUGGUUGAAAUAUCCGGGAUUAUUUCGAAAUUUGCAGUGAAGACACUGUUGCGAGCAGGGGGGAUGUUAGGUAUACUCGCAGCAGUCUCUAAACGUGAGGAUCCUGGGGGAUACGUGUUGGGAAUUCAGUAUGUUGAUGGGUAUCACCGAUGCAGAUACAGGGACCCUUUUGGCCUUGGUUGCGGUGUUGAAGGCUCGCGCAUGUAGCGCACUGCUUUCGCUCUCUCCACCGCUACCGCCGUCUCUCUCCAAUCAAGUUUCCUUCUGCAACGCUUUCUCCAACGCCAACGCCAUCUCUAUCUCUACCUCUCUCUCUCGGCCUAUCACGGCCGACUACCCACUGCCCCAAGAGGCGCCCAACACGGGCUUGCUGCACCCCGCGUUGUUUAUCUUUCACUCGAAUUGUCCCCUCACUAUAGCUACUGUGGGUUUUCAGUUUACAGCCAUCCUUACUCAACGCGUCUAUGUGUCCGGCAAUCUCCGACAUUAAUCAACCGAUGAGGUUUCAGUAUGUAGCUAUCCCCACGCAGUGCGUCUAUGUGUCUGGCAAACUCAACAACCAAUCCAUCUGUGAGGUUUCAGUAUGCUUCUAUCCUCACUCAACACGUCUAGGUGUCCGGCAAUCUCCAAUACAAAUCACCUGUGAGGUGUUUCAAUAUGUGUCUUUCCUCACUCAAAGCGUCUAUGCGUCCGGCACUAUCCAACAUCACUCAACU